CCUGAAGGCUCUCCGACCUGAUGAGGAAAGUUCACUUCUUGACAGCAGCAAGAUCCGAGUCUGGGUGAAAAGCGACCGACUUAAACCAGCGGUGUAUUUCCCAGAAUUCCCUCUGUUGAACCUCCAUCAUGGCGUCCACAUCCAUCACCACUGUGGGUGGGGUCGUGAUCGUAACACAGGUCAUCCCCAAAGAUGACCUCUCCAUUCCUCUGGAGACUCCUGCCAACCCGACGGUCCAGGCUGAGCAGCCCGUCGUAAAGACCCUGCCGGACCCCUCCAAGGAAGACACUAAGGAGAGCGUCUUCCUGCGGGGGGAACCGCUGGGCCUCGGGGUGGUUCAGAUCUUCAUCGGCACGCUGUGUGCUCUCGUCAGCCUGUUGGUUUUAUUCUCCAGGGCCAUGAUGAUCUUCGCUCCGUUUUCCCUCUGCAUUUUGUUCGUGCUGUCCGGCUCUCUGGCUCUGGCGGCAGGAAGACGGACUUCAGUCAGACUGGUCUGGGCGUCUCUGCUGUCCAACGGGUUCAGCGUCCUGCUCAGCCUGGCGGCGGGGAGCUACAUCUGCUUCCUGCUGGCUACCGGACCCCCCUCACAGGUCGUCUGCAACUUCCAGACCUCCAACGUCGACCUUCAAGCCUGGAACAUCACCAGCAGAAUGGUGGAUGACUGGAAGCGGAGAUGCCCCGGCCAACUGUGGAGACUGGACGAGCUUCUUUACGGGCUCCAGGGCGUCAUCCUGGUCCUGCUCGUCCUGCAGAUUUGCGUCUCCGUCACCGUGUGCGUUCUCUCUGGAAAAGUCAUCCGGAGCACCAGGCGUUACUCCAUUAUGGAGGGGGAGAGCGACACCGGCAGCAAGACCAACCUCCGAAUAUAAACCGCCGUAGGAGAAAACCGUCUGCGUCAUUUCAGAUUAUGGCAUCAAACUGAAGCAGAACCACGACUCUAACAUUACCUGCCUUCAUCUUUUGUGAUUUCUUUUCUCUUUUUUUUUUUUUUGUAUGUUCACUAUUUUGCCAGCUCAGUUUUACACCAUAAACACGAUCCACUUUUCUCUUUGAGUUGGGAAGUAAAGCCUCUAUGGCUCCGAUUGAAGGAUUCGUUCUAAUGAAACGUUCAGGUGAGUUAAUUUAGAGCCGUCUUGAUCCUGUCCUAGAAGAUGAAAUAAACGAAUGGUUCCAGGAACUCAAGCACUCCAACCCACAUCGGGAAUUGUUCUGUGGAGUCGAGGAACAGAAGUAAAUGCUAUUAAAACCACGUCUUCAAUUCUCCCCUCUUCUGUGUUUCUGGUACUCAUGAACAAAAAUGUGAUUUUACAUUAGAUUAGAUUGCAUAUUAGAUAUGAAACCCUCUUUUCAACACAGUUAUGUUUUCUGGCAGUUUGUAUUUCAUGACAUAUACAUGUAAGAUCUUUUUUUUUUUUUAUAUUCAAUAUCAUUUCUGAAUGAAGGUGUUGAAGCAAAGUGAGCGAAUGUGAUUUUUCAACAUAAGUUUCUCAAAUAGAACCACUGGUUUAGCAAAUUGAGUUGAGUUUGACUGGGAUAAAUAAAUGACAGAACUUAUUUUUAAAGAAUUAAACAUCUAAUUUCUAUUCA